CUUCGUGUGUUGGGGAUGUAUUUUUGGUUCAGAACACGGAGUGCACACAAUAAGGUAGCAUGCGUGUCGUCGGGACUGCAUUCGUUGUUGCUGCUCAAAUGCGUGAAGCUUUCUCGGGUCUUGUCAAGACCGAGUGUUUCCCAAAAGCGACCGUAAUGCUCUUAAUGAGGUAUUAACAAACAGCGUCUUUAGUUUUUAGGGUUUAGAGGCUGCACUUUUAAAUCCGUCCAGCCCGUCUGGAACCGUCCCCUUUGUCUUCCUAGUGUCGUUGGUCGCGUGCCAUCUGCUCCAUAUGUUCUUAUCGGCGGCUUUAGACCGAAAGCAGCACACAUUUACUUGUCCCUUUCGCCCUGCCUGCGUUCAUUCUAACAGGGGGGGGGCAUCUCCAGUUUUCGUUUUCUCCCUCAAAAACACGUGUUGACUUUUAUUCUAACAUAACGGUGUAUGGUUGCCCAGUGACGUCAGCGUCCCAGCAAGCGAGUCCCUCUUUUUUCUCCUUUCUUUUUUUUUUUUUGCUGGAGCGGACUGUGGAAAGAAAUCAAACGGGAUGCUUUCCCCCCUCAGACUGCACUUCUGCAAACAGCGCUCAAACUUUCUGAGUAGAUGGCUGCACCAAAUGUUAAAGAAAGUGUAGCUUCUGGAAGAUGUUCCGAAGAGCGGCGCUAUUGAAGGGACCCGACUAUGAAAACGUGGACUCCGGAGCUGAAACUGCCGAAUCUGACAGCAGCAGGAUGUCAUCAUCGGGCAUUCAGUGCAUGACCGGUCGGGUCAGGCAGCAGCAGCAGCAGCAGGAGUUUCUGCUAUUGAACUUACAUCUGCUGGCCAACCCUGGAGACUCACUGCUGUUGCAGCACACCCUGGACCGCCUCCUCCGCUGGCUCUGCCCAACUCUCCGUAUCUUCCAUGUGUCAGAGAGGGCCUCCCCAUUCAGAAGUUACACACGCCUUUGUUCUGUUGCAGGCUACCCUUCUCUGGCCAUCACCUUCUUUCUGCACGAGGCCUACGGAGAGGAGCGAAUCCUCAAAGUGCUGGACUUCUUUCAGCAUCCACCAUGGCAGUACCACCACACUGAGACCUGCGGCAACAGAACAGGAGGGAUCUACAUCACCUCCAGCAGCUCCCCCACCAACGCCAUGCUGCGGCCCUACCUCCUGCCCAGCCGAGAUUUCUAUAGCUUGGGUGCGGGCAUGCCCGUGUGGGGGGUUCGACCAGUCCACUGCGGAGGUGAAAUAUUGCGUGUGACAUUGUACAGUGCAUAUGACAACUACGAGGAUGCUGUGCGGCUCUAUGAGACGGUGCUGCAGCGACAGGCAGAGGAGCAAAAGACGGGCUUCUGCUGGUUCACUCUCCACACGGAGCCCGGGCUGAGCCUGCAGCUGGCUUUAAAACAGCUGUCACCGGGGGCUCGAGUGGAGCCAUGCGGCUCCGCUGUGCUGCAGUUUAGUGUGGAAGAAAUUGGCCAACUAGUCCCUCUGUUGCCCAACCCCUGCACCCCCAUCAGCAGCUCACGCUGGCAGACAGAAGACCUAGAUGGAAACAAGAUUCUCUUCCAGGUAAAAACCCCGGCUCAGCCUCAACGACCUCUGACCUGUGCUUUCCCCGUGACCUGCCCCAGCGUGUCCCCUCAAGGGACGCCGCUCAGGAGCUCGGUGCAGGGCCACAGCCUGUCGCCCUGCGCCCUCACAACUCCCCUGCCCUGGCAAACACACAAGCACAGCCACAGGCCGCGCGGCGACUCUGUCCCGGAGAAGCUCCAUGGACCGGAGAGCCAGGGAUCAGGGAGCUGCUGUAGCACCCCUCCAGGGAGCUCCUGCUACUCAUCACAGCGCAGCAGCCCAGCGCCACACUCAACUAGCAACCACCCCGACUCUCCCCUGCGCCCCUCCAUCACCCGUUCUCUCUCCCAUCUCCUCCUGGAAGAGGAGGAGGAGCCAGAGACUAACGUGGACACAGGAGCCCCCGUCUCACUGACGUCUGACACGGCGGCCCAAACAAUCGCCGGCUCUUCCUCCGUGGACCUUUUGACGAAUCGCCUCGCUGGGAGACCCGUGUCUGCUGGGGCUUCAGCUGUUGAGGGUCUGACCGAGGAGCUGGUCGAAUGUGGGCCAGGGACACACACGAACCCUGGGGUCGCCUCCAGGACAUGGGGCUCUGCUGGAGGUACGGACGCAGCCAGGAGGGCCUGGGACAGCAGCACUGUGGCAGCAGGACAAAGUCCCUCCAGAGGGCCGUUUGAGGGGAGCAGGACUACUGCGGAGCCGCUGUCAGCACACACCAACCACCAGGAGCCCGUCGAUGAGUUCUUCAUCUAAAUUCCUGCUACUAUGCCACAUGCUGGGGUGAGAAUCAUAAAAAACAUAUCACAUGGAGGGCUGCAACACAGGUUGGACAGGAUGCUGUGGAUGUGAAGUGCAGGAGGACACAUCUGUGUAGUGCGUCUAAAGAGAAAUCCUGUGGAAUACAGAGGAAACCAAAGCUCAGUUGCGGGGGACUCUGUCCACUCAGAAAUGUCUUUUAAUAGUUUCACUUGUUACAUACGUUUAAACGAUUCUUUAAACCAGAGAGUGGUACAAAAUAAUAAUAUUCUUGAAUUUCUAAAGUACUUUUAUAUUUAGAUCCAGCUACUUGUUUGUGCAGUUAUAGUGCUAAAAUGUAGUGCCGUGAAUUUCACAACAUGAAGGAAAAGUGUCACUGUCAGGGUGCUGAUGCCAUUUUAGGUUUGUUUCACAUUACUGAUGAUGAUCUCCGUGUGAAGGAUCUCUUUAAGGUUGCUGAAAUCUGAUUUUGUCUUAUUGCUCUUCACAGGCUUGAUGUAGUGAAAGUAGAGCCUCUGAUUACAUUUGUUAAAGAUGCACUUCGAAUUAUAUCUACUCUUUAUUUGUGUGUUAAAAUGUACUAGACUUAGGCCAAAUUACUGUGUUGACGAGGAUUGACGUUUUCUCACACAAUUAUGUUUAUCCUCUGGUAGCUUAGAGUUAAGAUUUUCUAAAUAACAACUAAGGAGAACAUUUCAACGUUUACAAAAAAAUCUUGUGAUAUAUGUUGUUUUUUUAAAGGAUAAUUUACCAUUAGUACAUAAGUGAGAUGUGUUAAACAGCCCGGACGUGUCCUAUGAACUCAGAAAUGUUCAUUCCAAAGCUGAGGGCUCAGCUGACAGAUUUAAGUCCAAACCUCACCGUGCAUUGAACCGAUCACUUACAGCAGAUGGUAGUCCAACACAACAUUUUUGCACAGUGCUCAUGUUCAUUGUAGUGAUUAUAGCUGUUUCGAGACCAAUCUGACAAAAGAGGAUAUAUUAUUGUAAAGGAUUUAAUCCACUCAGAUGAUCCAGCUGUGCAUAAUAGCCGGUUAUUGAUCAAAUGCGUAUGAUUUGAGGUUAACAGCCGGGUGCUGCAGGUGUACAUGGCAGCUAGCCGUUGUUAAUGUGUUUAAGGGCUUUCUGGAAAUGAGAGAAACUGGAACAAAGGCACGCAUGUGCAGUCAGGAAGCAUCAGCUGCGAGUGUCCUGGGUGUGUAAA